AUGUUUUUAUGGAGGAAAACGAAGCUUCAGGCUGUUUCAGUUCACCACUGUCGUUUGUGUUCUUUGUUUCGUGGAGCCAUUGAAGUUACAGGUACUCAAUCUCAAGCUUCUUUACAACAUGGUUUGGCGGGUAAAACUCUGUCUAACGCAAGAAACAUCAGUGUGUUAUCUAAGCUUCGUACUAGUAUCAGGUUCGAUGUAUGGUCUAUCGAUAGAACAGAAGCAUUUUCAACCAUUUCUGGAUCUAUUUUGCUUCAAGCCAGAGAUCCUGCAAAACUCAACGAAGAAAUUCAAAUUGCAGUUGAUGAACAUAGAUGUGAUGAAGCUUGGAGAUUGUUUGAACAACAUAUGCAAAUGGAUGGUUUCCCUCGGAAAUCUGUUGUUAACAAUGUUUUGGUUUGUUUUGCUGAGAGUCUUGAUUCCAAUUGGCUACAAAAGGGUUACAGUUUAGUGGAACAAGCUUUUGAGGAGAGUAAACAGAAUUUGCUAGAGAAAGAACCUCUUGUGUAUCUCUCCUUGGCUCUUGCCAAGUCAGGCAUGGUUGUUCCUGCGUCAACGAUCUUGAGGAAGCUAGUGGAGACAGAAGAGUAUCCUCAUGUGAGUGCUUGGUCAGCGGUUUUGGCACAUAUGUCUCUUGCAGGAUCAGGAAGUUAUCUUUCUGCUGAGUUGAUUCUUGAGAUUGGUUACUUGUUUCAGAAUAACAGAGUUGAUCCACGGAAGAAGAGCAACGCACCUUUGCUUGCAAUGAAGCCUAAUACUCAGGCGUUGAACAUUGCUUUGGCAGGUUGUUUGUUGUUUGGAACAACGCGGAAAGCUGAACAGCUUCUUGAUAUGAUACCGAAGAUAGGUGUUAAAGCUGAUGCUAACUUGUUAGUAAUAAUGGCUCAUAUAUACGAAAGAAAUGGGAGGAGAGAGGAAUUGAGGAAGCUUCAAAGGCAUAUAGAUGAAGCUUGUAACUUGAAGGAUUCUCAGUUUUGGCAGUUCUAUAAUUGUUUGCUUAUGUGUCACCUCAAAUUCGGGGAUCUCGAAUUUGCUUCGAAAAUGGUUCUAGAAAUGCUAAGGAGAGGAAAGGUAGCAAAGAACUCACUUGGAUCCGCCAUUCUUGGAUUUGAUACUGCAGAUGAUGAUGAUAGGUUAAAGCUCAGAAAAGUUACUGAAAUAGGAUCAGAGGUUAAAGAACACGAUACUCCCAAGACUCAAGUGUUUUCUAUUCACAGUAUGAUUACUUAUGAAGAUUUCUCUAGAGACAGGAAGUUUUUGAAACUUGAAGCUGAGACAAAGGAUGUUCUUGGGGCAUUGUUGGCUAAGUUGCAUGUACAAGUAGAAUUGAUUACCUCAGAGCGUGGUGUUCUGCAGCCUACUGAAGAAAUUUAUGUGAAAUUAGCAAAGGCCUUCCUGGAUAGUGGUAAGAUGAAGGAGUUAGCAGAGUUUCUGUUAAAGGCAGAACAUGAAGAUUCCCCUGUUUCUAGUGAUAACUCAAUGCUGGUGAAUGUUAUCAAUGCAUGUAUUUCUCUAGGAAUGUUGGAUCAAGCACAUGAUCUACUCGACGAGAUGCGUAUGGCUGGGGUAAGAACCGGUACUUCAGUAUAUUCUUCGCUCCUCAAGGCUUACUGCAAAACAAACCGAACUAGAGAAGUAUCAUCACUCCUAAGAGAUGCUCAGAAGGCAGGGAUUCAAAUAGACUCAAGCUGCUAUGAAGCUUUAAUUCAAUCUCAAGUGAUUCAGAACGAUACUCAUGGAGCUCUCAAUGUGUUCAAGGAAAUGAAAGAAGCAAAAAUACCGAGAGGAGGAAAUCAGCAGUUCGAGAAGCUCCUAAAGGGAUGUGAAGGAAACGCAGAAGCAGGACUUAUGUCGAAACUCUUGAGAGAAAUCAGAGAAGGGCAGAGUUUGGAUGCUGGUGUUCAUGAUUGGAACAACGUGAUCCAUUUCUUUACCAAAAAAGGUUUGAUGCAAGAUGCAGAGAAGGCAUUAACGAGGAUGAGAAGUCUCGGGCAUUCGCCGAAUGCUCAAACUUUUCAUUCUAUGGUCACAGGAUAUGCAGCCAUAGGGAGUAAAUACACAGAGGUCACUGAGCUAUGGGGAGAAAUGAAAUCCAUAGCCGCAGCUACUUCAUUGAUGAGGUUUGAUCAAGAGUUACUCGAUUCAGUGCUCUACACUUUUGUUAGAGGCGGGUUUUUCUCGCGGGCUAAUGAAGUUGUGGGGAUGAUGGAGAAAGAUAAUAUGUUUGUUGAUAAGUACAAGUAUAGGGUGCUCUUCUUGAAGUAUCACAAGACUGCUUACAAAGGCAAAGCUCCAAAAGUUCAGAGCGAGUCUCAGCUCAGGAAGAGAGAAGCUGGUUUAACAUUCAAGAAAUGGCUCGGUCUAUCUUGA